AUGUCCUGCUUGAGCGCGCUGCACUCGCAGGUGGUGACUUUCCUGUCAGUGCCGCACCAGGUGCUCUUCCUUCAGCACAGGGUCUUCAAGGAGUAUGCCAAGAUCGCCGUGGGGCCGGAUUUCGUGCACACCCUGCCCUCCUUCAUAAUCCUCACCGCCAUUGCCAUGGUGCUCUGGAGGAACCCUCCCAGUUUCGCCUGGUCGCCGAUCCCCAUCACUAAGGUUUCCCUUUACAGGGCUCUGCAGGUCUCUGGUAGCUGGGUGGCUAUGAAUGCCGUUUUCUGGCUGUGGCUCAUCUUCCAACGCGUCCUGUACUGCUCGGUCUGGUCCUACUGGAGUUACGACACGGAGUAUCGCGACGUCCCUCACUCGUGGUGGCAAAAGGUCUGGUCCUCGUACUACCCGCCACCCUUGCAGCCUCCGGUGCUCUCGGCUAGUUUUAUCAGCUGGAUUAUUUCCAUGAUCGUGGCAGUGACGUCUCUUGGAUUCGCGUUGUCUCCUAGUAGAGCCCAAGCGUUCAUCUUGGACUCGCUGGUGGCUCUUCAGGACCUUCUGCUGGUCGGGAAGAGCUACGUCGACUGGACCCCCGUGAGGUGCGUCUAUCGGGUGUUCCUACGUACUCUGGAAGGUGGGAAUAUCUUGGACGUGAUAUCCUGCGCAAGGGGUGUUCCCAUGGAUGAGAGCAAUGCGAGCUCGGUGUGCGACGAGUGUCGUUCCGAGAUGUCGACGGACGUGGUCAAUGCCACGACUCGAAGGGACGUACAUCCAAUUUCCUAUGGUACCAACUGGACCCCGAGGCCGAAUUUUUCCGGCUUCCAGGAGACCCAGAGAAAGGCCUCGACCAAGUCGAUGAGGGCCUCCGUCACCGUGACGGGAGUGACGGAUCGCCCUGACGAUUUCUCUCCCAGGCAGCUGCGACAUCGCCGGGGGUGUCACACCGUGAUACCCAGCAACUCCAGCGACAAGUCCAGCGGGUGUUGA